CCCGGGACGCCUGGCUUUGCCCGCUCCGCUCCGCCCCGCUCCGCUCUUUUCUACAAUCGUUUCCAGAGCGCCAGGCAUGGCCCCAAGUACCGUGGCGGUGGAGAUGCUCAGUCCCAAGGAGAAAAACCGACUGCGGAAGCCGGUGGUGGAGAAGAUGCGCCGGGACCGCAUCAACAGCAGCAUAGAGCAGCUGAAGCUGCUGCUGGAGCAGGAGUUCGCGCGGCAUCAGCCCAACUCCAAGCUGGAGAAGGCCGACAUCCUGGAGAUGGCAGUCAGCUACCUGAAGCACAGCAAAGCCUUUGCCGCGGCCGCGGGCCCCAAGAGCCUGCACCAGGACUACAGCGAAGGCUACUCGUGGUGCCUGCAGGAGGCCGUGCAGUUCCUGACCCUGCAUGCCGCCAGCGACACGCAGAUGAAGUUGCUGUACCACUUCCAGCGGCCCCCAGCUCCCGCCGCACCCGCCAAGGACCCCCCGGCGCCCGGGGCUGCGCCCCAACCGGCGCGCUCCACCGCUAAGGCCGCUGCCACCGUCUCCGCCUCGCGUCAACCCGCCUGCGGUCUCUGGCGGCCCUGGUGA